CCCGGGAGGGUGGGAAAGGCCGUGGCCACCUACCUGCCUCCACUAUGAACGGCCUCCACGACCCGCCUCUUUUUAUCAAAGACAUUAAGCCCGGAUUGAAAAACUUAAAUGUCGUCUUUAUUGUCCUGGAGAUAGGACGCGUCACCAAAACCAAAGACGGCCACGAAGUCCGAUCGUGCAAAGUCGCCGAUAAGACGGGCAGCAUCACCAUCUCCGUCUGGGAUGAGAUCGGAGGGCUUAUCCAGCCUGGAGAUAUUAUUCGUUUGACCCGAGGGUACGCAUCUAUGUGGAAAGGAUGCCUGACACUUUAUACUGGAAGGGUCGGUGAACUUCAAAAAAUUGGAGAAUUUUGUAUGGUUUAUUCAGAAGUGCCAAAUUUCAGUGAACCUAACCUUGACUUUCGACGACAACAGAACAAAGGGGCACACACUGAGAAGAAUAAUUCCCUGGCUAGUAGUAUGGGUACAGGUACAUUUGGACCAGUUGGAAAUGGGGUUCAGACGGGCCCAGAAUCAAGGGGAAGCCAAUUUUCAUAUGCUGGUAGAAGCAAUGGCCGGGGACCUAUAAAUCCACAGCUACCAGGAACAGCUAGUAAUCAAACAAUUAUGAGCACAAUAAGUAAUGGCAGGGACCCUCGGAGAGCCUCUAAAAGAUAACCUAUGCCAAAUACUCACAUGUAGUUUUUAAACUACGUGCCCUACUUGAACACUUCCUGCACUUUUAUUUAUUGUGAACUGUGAAGACUAUGUCCAUUAUAUCCAUUACUGGUUUCCUUUUACGAUCUUGGUUUGCUAACAUGAGUGGUUGGUUUUUAUAGCAAAAUUGUAAAGCUGCUGUCUCCUAUAGAUGGGGAGCACUCUGAAAAAUAGGGGCAUUUAUUUUUAGAAAAAAAAAGGUAUUCAGAAAUCCCUUAAAAAACCUUUGUUUAACAAAAAACACCCUUGCCCAUGGGUUAGUCACCCAAGACAUGAGCAUUAUAUUAUAGCCUCUAUGAGUCUGUUCUGUGUGUUUUUUUUGUAAUAUUUAACGCUUAGGGGGAGGAAAUGAUGUGCUGAAACUCAGAUUUGCCAGCUAAACCACCAAAAAAUAAAAGGCAACAAAAACAAAAUAAAACGAAAUUUAAAAAAACAGCUAAAAACAAAAAAA